GGCCUGCACUGAUCCUGUAUCGGAGGAACUUGGGACUGUCUCAGCAUGCCCCUGUACUCAGUGAACGUCAAAUGGGGAAAGGAGAAGUUUGACAAUGUGGAACUGAACACUGAUGAACCCCCCAUGGUUUUCAAAGCGCAGCUGUUUGCACUGACUGGAGUGCAGCCAGACAGACAAAAGGUUAUGGUAAAAGGAGGAACAUUAAAGGAUGAUGACUGGGGAAACUUAAAAAUAAAGUCUGGCAUGACCUUAUUAAUGAUGGGAUCUGCUGAAGCUCUGCCAGAGGAACCUGCAGUAAGACCUGUUUUUGUAGAAGACAUGACAGAAGAGCAGCUGGCUUCUGCUAUGGAGUUACCUUGUGGCUUAACAAACCUUGGUAACACAUGUUACAUGAAUGCUACUGUUCAGUGUAUCCGAUCUGUUCCAGAGCUGAAGGAAGCACUCAAAAGGUAUACGGGUGCCUUGAGAGCUUCAGGUGAAAUGGCCUCUGCCCAGUAUAUUACUGCAGCUCUUAGAGAUUUGUUUGACUCUAUGGAUAAAACGUCAUCCAGUAUCCCACCAAUCAUCCUCCUCCAGUUUCUACACAUGGCUUUCCCGCAGUUUGCUGAGAAAGGGGAUCAAGGGCAGUAUCUUCAACAGGAUGCUAAUGAAUGCUGGGUGCAAGUAAUGAGAGUGCUGCAGCAGAAGUUAGAAUCAACAGAAGGAGAUUCUGAUAUGGAGACAGAUUCAGGAGCAGCUGCAACAGCCUCAAAGAAAAAUAGCUUCAUCGAUCAGUUUUUUGGCAUCGAGUUUGAGUCAACCAUGAAAUGUACUGAAUCUGAAGAAGAGGAAGUUACUAAAAGUAAAGAGACCCAGUUGCAGCUUAGCUGUUUUAUUAACCAGGAAGUGAAAUAUCUCUUCACUGGCCUCAAAUUGCGCCUUCAAGAAGAAAUCACAAAAUUUUCUCCAUCGUUGCAAAGAAAUGCUCUGUAUAACAAAACUUCCAGGAUCAGUCGUUUACCUGCCUACCUGACUAUCCAGAUGGUCCGAUUCUUUUACAAAGAGAAGGAAUCUGUGAAUGCCAAAGUUCUUAAGGAUGUGAAAUUUCCUCUGAUGUUGGACAUAUAUGAAUUAUGUACACCGGAUCUCCAAGAAAAGAUGGUUCCAUAUCGUUCCAAAUUCAAGCAAGUAGAAGAUAAAGUUCCAGAGCAAGCACCCAAAGCAAAGCAAAUGGCCCAGAGAGAAGUUCGGUAUGAACCUUAUGCCUUUCCAGGUGAUGUUGGCUCAAUUAAUUGUGGUUACUAUGAGCUGCAGGCAGUUCUAACUCAUCAAGGAAGAUCAAGUUCUUCAGGACACUACUUAUCCUGGGUAAAGAGAAAACACGAUGAAUGGAUUAAAUUUGACGACGACAAAGUAAGCAUUGUGUCUCCUGAAGAUAUUCUGCGAUUAUCUGGAGGGGGAGAUUGGCACAUAGCUUAUGUCCUUCUUUACGGACCUCGACGAAUCGAAGCUAGCGAUGAAGAGACCGACCAAUGAUGACAUUUGCCAUUUUAAUCAUUUUCCUAGGUGUGAAAUAAAUGUUCCCAGAUUAGAAUUUCUUAGCCCAGAACUGUUUUUUUUCUUCUCUACAUUAUGUUUUAGGAAAUGAGAUUUGAAUGGCUUGGCCCGAUUUACCAGUUUAGCGAUCAAAUGACCAAUAUCCACACCUUUUUGUGUGAUAUAUUUCUAUCAAAGUCUUAAUAUAAUUCAGAUUUUAAUUAUAGAUUGGUAAUCUAACAAGACCAGGUGGUGCUAAAACUGUUUUUUUUUUUUAAACCUGUUAAUGUUUUGAAAAGGGACAAAAACCUGAAAAUAUUUAUUGCACACCUACAUCAUUCAUUGUUACUAUUGCAUGGUUUAUACCAUCCUUUGCCUUAUCUGGCUCCUGUGCCGGGAGGGAGGGCUAUAUGUUGCCUCAUUGUAACAGUGCUGCUGCCCAUAACUCAAGACAUGGCCACGAUCAUGAACCUUAGAGUUCAGUGCUUGACGUGGCUGGCAUCAUGGGUCUUUAAAAUAAACUUGUGAUCAGUCUUGUGCUCUGGUUAA